AAAAAACCGAAUUGACCGAAGAAUACGACGAAAAAGACCGCCGAUAACUUGGCGCACUUUCGGAUGUAAGAAAAGUGUCUCGCCGACACCACCUCUGCCGACAGCGGACGCGAAGCCCGCUCACCUCUGGUAACGCACCUCAUCUUAGAUCCCGGCACUGAUUGUAAGCCGUGCGGUGAGAAAGGGAGAAAGAGAGAGAGGCGACCAGUCAAUUGAUUGCCGUGUACAUGCGCGUUCUCAACCUGUCCUCGAGACUGUGGUUUCGAGAACUGCGAGCCUGUAGAUCCCUUCGAGAGACCUGUACCCCUUCCCGUCUCUCACACACAUACGCAUACACGUAGUGAACCAUUCUCUUUCUCUUCUUGCCAUCCAAGACUUUGAAACUCGUUCCAGUCGGCCACGAGCUACCCGUUGUUCCCGCGCUGUUGGUCUCCUGCGAACGCCAAUUCGUCAAAGAGAAGAGCACAGAUUUGGCUUUCCCUUGUUUGAUUUAUCUUUGACUUUUUUUUCAUCGGCGAAGCGAGUGAGUGCAUGUGAACGCGUGUAUUGGUGCGUAUGUCUAUACAGAAGAAUGCGGUAGGAUGUACACCCGGGAAAGAUGUUUCCUGCUAGGACUCUGCCUUCUAGGCGGGGUCACCUUUUGCCUGACGGCCGUCGACACCGAAGCGCAAAUCACCGCAACACCUGACACCAAUGACAAAGAUAUUCAACGAGUGCAGCUACUUGAAGCAGAAUUGCAGAAUGACACGACGGAAUCGAGAAGCGCGUACACGACGAAAGAAGUCAGCGCGAAGACAACGAACGAAAUUAAGAAAAAGCCCGUGAUGGAUUUUAAAGCUAGAAGCGAUCAAAAGUAUCAGAAACCUAUCGUUAAGGACGAUGACUCGAGGAGACCUGUAAAUCCCGAUGUUCCGAUGACGUCAUCGAUUUCACCCACGACGAUUUCUAUGAGGACGAACCAGUCUUCGGCGACGACGAAAAUCGAGGACGCUACAGAUGUGACAAUUCCGUUUCUUCUUCACGGUGCACCGAUAGCCGCCGUAACGAAGGCGACACCGAUGACCAAUCUUCGAGAUAUGUCGAACAGUACAGUGAAAGUGACAGACAAAACAACGUCAUCGAGAGGCAGAGCUUUGAACAUUUCCGCUCCGGAGCCAACGAAUUCAUUGCACGCUAACAUUACGGACCUCAGUGAUGUCAGCAUGGACGAAGACGAUAAGGAAGUUGAAGGCGGAGAGUACGUCGCACCGCAUAACGAAACUGCCAUAAGUAUUUCUUCAGCGGAAUUUUCGAAGAAAUCAGAAUGCACCUACGAGAAUUACACUUAUUCAAUAGGCGAAAAAAUUGUCCGGGGAUGCGAGGAGAAGUGCGUGUGCUCCGAGAAUGGAAUCACUGACUGUCAGCCAGUAUGCAACGACCGUUUUAUCAAAGCGAGCGAAGAAAUCGACAAGCCGUAUUGUCGGAAGCACGUGACCGAGGAAGAGCCAUGCUGCGCAUUACUUGUUUGCGAGCCGCAUUCCGGUAACAAAAAAACGGACAACGAGACGUGCAUGUUUGGCAACAAGACAGUAGCUAAACAGCGCAUUGAAGAUGGCUGUUCUAGAAUAUGUGUCUGCGAGGACGGUGGUCAUUUGAAGUGCCAGCCUAGAUGUCCACCGAACGAGACUACCACGGCCAAUCAACAUGAUCGCUGCGUGACAUUAGCUAGCCCCAGCGAUCCUUGCUGCAAUAUCACAUAUUGCGACGUCACUCUGGGCGAUCACGAGAUCAAAUCGGAGAACUCCACGGACCUAAAUGUACACUUGAUAGACGUAAAGGUACUGAAUUCGACGGCGGUUAAACUGCAGUUAUCUACGAAGAACCCGGAAGACGUUGUUACAGAGAUCUCACAGAACAGUCAUGUGUGGAGUCAACGGAAAAUCGACAAAGAUGGUGUAAUUUCUAAUUUGGCACCCGCGCACACGUACUACAUUCGCGUGACAGAAGGCAGCAACACCGGGCCGGCCAUACAAGUGAUCCUGCCAGCCGAAGUGAUGAAGACGAACGUAUCGGAGAAAACGCCGGACAAAAACUCUUGCUACUACAAAGGCAAGUCGUACAAGAUUGGCGCAGAGUGGUACGACGAUUGCGUCUUCUACUGCGUCUGCCUAGACAACGGCAGCCACGUUUCGAAUUCGUGCGCCACGAUAGAGUGUCCUACGGACUUCGGACUGGACCUGCUAAAUCCUGACUGUCUCGACUGGGAGACGGUUGACUUUGACCCAAAACCACCGCACUGCUGUCCGCAGGAAGUACAGUGUAGGAACAAUGGCUCCUGUAACUAUAAAGGCGUCAACUACAAUAAUUGGAGCGAGAUACCCGCAAAUAUCACUGGCUGUGAGAACCAUUGUUAUUGUGAGAUGGGCAAUGUGAAGUGUCAACGCGCUUGCUUGCCCGUGCCAGCUCUGCCACCCUCAUAUUUGCCAUGCGCUUCCGAUGAAGCGACAUUGACGCGCAAUCUUAACAGAUCGUGCUGUAUGGAAUGGACUUGCAACCGGUCCUCGUCGCACGGAGUGAACGUGACGACCGCGUACCCCGGCCCCUUGGCCACAAACAUUUUUGAUCGGCAAACGAUCGACAAUAGACUGAAUAACAAGUCGGGAACGCUCAAGCCCAGCCAGGAACCGGAGCAUAGCACUUUCUCCUUACCGGAAGACCCGCGAACUGACAAAACCCAAACAGAUGCCACUGUUCACGGACCGCCUCAUUAUCCUAUGGAUCCAGGAUAUCCCACAGUGCCUUACAGCGGACCCUACAAUCCUGAUUUCAUAUCCAGCCAUCCAACUGUGGAAAACAUAUUUCAUUUGUCUCCUCAUACCGAAAAGCCGACACCGACUCCAAAGGAAAAGUCAAAGUCGAAGUCUGAUUCUAAAAAGCCGGUGGAGCCGGUGAAGCCUUAUAAGGAUGCGAUCGAUCAUUUCCCCGGCCCGUUCUCGCCCGACCGAUUCCCCCAAAAGGCCACCUCGACGCUUCCGCGCCCCGUCAAUGAGAAUCAGCAUAUUUCGAAUUUGUUAAAUACGAAAAAAUCGCAACAGAAAGACCAUCCGACGCAAUUGAGUUCUCAUUCGGAUGCAGAAAAUAUUCCGCCAGCCGAUUUUGACGAACAGCUUAACAAUUUUACUAGUGAAUUUUCUUAUCAAGAUUCGAUUCCUGUCAAACCUGAUGCGAUCAAGCCGAACAUAAUCGUUCCCACGGUUCCAGCGAGGAAACCCACGUCGAAUAACCCUUAUGUCGAUAUGGAGAGACCGAAACCAACUCCGAAUCGGCCGGCGCAAGAUGUGCAAAGUACCGAGCAGGAAAUCUUGUCGGACCAUCUGUAUCAUUUGAUUAAUUUGCAACACCCUGAUAGCCCGAUUCAGCUCGAUCACACCCUUUCUCAGGAUCACCCGAGUUUGUACGAUCAGAUUUCUAGUCAAAAGCAGCCGCCCAAUAAUCGCAUGCCGCCCGGCUACUUCGAAACGCCGUCUUCCGCGUCGAAGAAGACGAAGCCCCACAUCUUCGCGCAGAAGGACGAGAACGGGCAGGUCACUUAUCACAUUCACACGCCCAACAUUCCGCAUUCCCCGCAGCAGAUCGAAGAAUUGUUAGAAUACAUCAACCAGCACCACUCGAAACCCGGACCCUUCCAACACUAUCCCGGACAACCAGCCGUGACUCACAAUAUACCGAGCGGCACGCCACCCCGUUUACCGCCUCACACGGAUUCCCAAAUACCGCAUUCAGGUUUCGCGCACUUGAAUCUCCCAUUUGCAGCACAAGCGUCCAAUCAGUCAGGUCAGGGACAUGACAAUGUAUAUCCAGGCUAUCCCGGGAAUAUUCCUGGAUUCUCAGCCGCACUUCCCACCGACGAAAUUACAAUACAAGAAUUGGAGGCGCUGGACGAACAUACAGUUCGAGUAACAUUUGUUAUACCUCAGGUUUUUGUGGGAUUGCAUGGAAGGAUCGAGCUGCGAUACACCAGCGAUAGAGAAAAUCACAACUUGUCCACGUGGAGAACACAACUAUACAGUCUUCCUAAUGACUUAAUCGAGAGGCCUCAUUUGGAAUUUGAAUUAGACAAUUUGCAGCCGUCAACCGAAUACAAGGUGAAGAUCACGGUGAAGCUGAAGAAUUUGACUAAUAGUCCAACUAGCAAAAUUUACUCUGUGCGUACGUUGGACAAGCUCGUGAACGAGUCAAUUUUGCCGCCGCAAAUACCAGUUGACACCGAGCUUCAAAUAGUGGAGGUCAACUCAACUUGGAUUAACGUAAUGUGGAAGAAAUUUACGGUAUAUGAAUUGGAAUUCAUAGACGGUGUUCAAUUGAGAUAUAAAGAGAAUGAUACGCAUAGUAAAAUUUAUUCAACGACACCGUUAAUUCAUCGCGCUGUAACGAAUUACGUAAUCGAAAAUCUGAAACCAUCGACCACAUAUGAAGUCGGCAUCUACUUCAUACCAUUCCCGGGGCAAGCUACGGAAUUGUGGAGUGAGAAGACGAUUGAGGUAACCACGUCUACGGAGCCAGACCCCUAUUCGUUUGAAGUAAAAGUCGAGAUUAAGACCAUCAAGUCGACAGACGUAGAAGUGUCAUGGAGUGGCGUGCCUUAUCCAGAAGACAAAUACGUAAACAUCUAUCGUGCGAUCUAUCAAAGCGAUACCGGCAAAGAAGAUACCAGUAAAUUCAAGAUUGCCAAGAGAGACUCUCACGCCAAAACAUUAAUUAGUGAUCUCAAGCCUGGCACUCGAUAUCGAUUGUGGCUUGAAAUAUAUUUGACGAAUGGUAGAAUAAAGAAGAGUAAUGUGCAAGAUUUUAUCACUAAACCGGGUACCGUCUUAGCGGCCACUGUCCCUCAACAAGCCGGAAAAUUCACGACGCUGCCUCUCCACGAAGGAGAUUACUACGGUCCCCUGGUGAUAGUGGCUAUUGUGGCUUCCUUGGCGAUAUUAUCGACUCUGAUUCUGUUAAUGAUGCUAAUGAAGAGACGAACGAGUAGUAAGGCCGACAUAUCACCCCGUAAAGCGACGUCAGCGUACGACAAUCCUUCCUACAAGACUUGUGAAGAUGUAGUUAUAAUAUCUAAUGGAAGGAACAAACCUGCAGCAGAACACGAGAUGGCCACCAUUACUUCAAAUGUCAAGGAAACCGUUUGAGGUUUUAUAAUUUAUUAUAUUUAUUUAUACCACACGAUUUCUUCUUCACCUGCGCUGCGUUUUUUAUUAGGAAUCCAUCUGAUAAAAAUUUGUUCAUUUCUAUUAAUUUUUAUAUACAACUAUGUGUGUGUGUAUGUGUGCAUAUGCAUGCAUGCAUACAUACAUAUUUAUAGAUAUGUUUUAAUUGAAUAACUCACAAGCUUUUUAAGCUUAUUUUAAACUUGAACAAAGUGAUAAAACGCAAUAUCAUCAUUAUUAUUAUUAUUAUUAUAGAUAAGAGAUAUAAUCGAUAAGAGAUAUACAUUUCUAUUAAUAUUUUCAGAAUACUCGAAUUGCAAUAUAGAUAAGUAGGGCUUACAAUUAUGUAUAAAUUCUAAAAUUGAGAUUAAUCAUAAUAUAUUGUAUUCAUCCUUGUAUAUAUAUUUUUAUAUGUAUAAUUUUUAUACAAAAUAUACUCUUUAACCUGU